AUUUAUAUUUUCCUUUUUAUCAGCCCCCAUAGAUCCUUGGGCGAUUAUUCUCCUUCCGAUUUGGUACUCGAUUUGUAAAAAUCUCUUCUUCACUGACACAUAAUCAUCAAUCAGUUUUAUGUGAAUUGGUCGGCUUGAUUGUUGUAUGUGAAGGUAGAGUUCAUAAUUGAAUCGGACCAUUGGUUGUAAAUUGUGUAGGGGGUUUUGAGCUUGGAAAUGAGUGUGGUAGGGUUUGAUAUUGGCAAUGAAAACUGCGUUAUUGCUGCCGCAAGAAACCGUGGAAUCGACGUGUUGUUGAACGAUGAGUCAAACCGUGAGACGCCUGCGGUUGUGGGCUUCGGUGAGAAGCAAAGGUUUUUGGGGUCUGCAGGGGCUGCAUCUGCUACUAUGAACCCUAAAUCUACUAUAUCUCAGGUGAAAAGAUUGAUCGGAAGCCAAUAUAGGAAUCCAGCUGUACAAAAGGAUCUUUAUUUGCUACCGUUUGAGACUAGUGAGGCUCCUAACGGCGGUGUUUUGAUUCACUUACAGUAUUUAAACGAAAGAUACACGUUUACACCCGUUCAGAUUCUGGGCAUGUUGUUUGCACAUCUAAAACAAAUGGCAGAGAAAAAUCUCGAAAGUCCCGUUUCAGAUUGCGUCAUCGGGAUUCCAUCCUAUUUUACCGAUUUGCAAAGGCGCGCUUAUCUCGACGCUGCACAUAUUGCCGGUUUAAAACCUUUGAGACUGGUUCACGAUUGUACCGCAAUUGCAUUAGGCUACGGUAUUUACAAGAACGAUUUUACCGAUUCUGGACCCACAAACGUCGUGUUUGUAGAUAUCGGGCAUUGCGACACUCAGGUUACCGUUGCGGCUUUUGAACGCGGGCACCUGAAAAUAUUAUCUCAUUCUUUCGAUAGUCAUCUGGGCGGAAGAGACUUCGAUGAAGUUCUGUUCAAAUAUUUCGCUGAAAAAUUUAAAGAACAAUACAACAUUGAUGUUUAUACAAACACUCGGGCUUGUGUAAGGCUAAGGACGUCGUGUGAGAAGUUAAAGAAAGUUUUAAGCGCGAAUGCCGAAGCACCGAUUAAUAUUGAAUGUUUAAUGGAUGAAAAAGACGUGAAAGGGUUUAUAAAGAGAGAUGAUUUUGAGAAUCUGUGUUCGGAUUUGUUGGAGAGAGUUACUGUUCCUUGUGUUAACGCUGUAAAUAAUGCGGGAAUUGGUGUCGAUGAAAUAUACGCUAUUGAGCUUGUUGGUUCUGGGUCCCGCAUACCAGCUAUUAUGAGAAAAUUAACGUCUCUUUUUAGGAAAGAGCCAAGGAGAACACUUAAUGCGAGUGAGUGCGUUGCUAGAGGAUGUGCUCUUCAUUGUGCAAUGCUUAGCCCGACUUAUCGUGUUAGAGACUAUCAGGUUCAAGAUUCAUUUCCGUUUGCCAUAGGACUUCGAUCAGAUGAAGGUGAAGAUAUUAACCUGCCCAGUGGCACGUUGUUUCCAAAAGGCCAACCGUUUCCGAGUGUUAAGAUGAUUUCAUUGCGUAGAAGUAGUACAUUCCAUUUAGAGGUCGUAUAUUCCAACGAGGAUGACCUGCCUCUUGGAGUAUCACCUAAAGUCAGCCAUUUUACUAUUGGUCCUUUCUCAAACUCAGAAAAUGCAAAGGUCAAAGUCAAAUUCCAUCUAAAUCUUCAUGGAAUUGUAAUGAUAGAAUCUGCUUCGCUAAUACGAGAAGGUCACUCAAGUAGCAAUGCCCAUUCACAUUCAGAACGAAUGGUGGUCGACAAUGACAUGUCAAACGGUGGUCCUGCCGAGUCUAGUCCCUCGACAACACAUUCCGCGCGAAGGCGGAAUGUUAAGGUUUCCGAGAAUAUCUAUGGUGGAACAAAAAUAGACGAGCUAAGGCAAGCUCGAGAUAUGGAGGGGUUUUUGGCAGAUCAAGACAUAAAGGUAGAGCAAACUAAAGAAAAGAAGAACACACUCGAAUCUUUUGUCUAUGACACACGCAACAAGCUUCUAAGUUCGUACCGAAGCUUUGCUACAGAUGAAGAGAGGGACGGAAUUUCUAGAAAUCUUCAAGAAACCGAGGACUGGUUAUAUGAAGACGGUGAUGAUGAAACUGAACAAGCUUAUACUGGAAGGUUACAGGAUCUCAGAAAGUUGGUAGAACCUGUUGAAAGUAGAUAUAAGGAAGAAGAUGCUCGAGCACAAGCGACAAAAGCUUUGUCGAAUUGUAUAAAUAAAUAUCGUACGGCUGCGAACUCAUUGCCUGCUGCUGAGAAAGAGGCGGUUCACAGCGAAUGCACCAAAACCGAACAGUGGUUGCUCGAGAAAUCCCAACUGCAGGCUUCAAUGCCGAAGAACGCGGAUCCUGUUGUCUCCUCAAGUGAAAUUAAUCAAAAAGCUGAGAUUCUCGAGAGAAUGUUGAAGCACAUAACGAAGCACAAGUAUUCAGCCUCAAAUUACGACGAUGGCAUUGAUUCAAACCAAAGGGACAAACCCGAUGACAUGUAUGUAGACUGAUAAAGUUCAUCUCACCCUGCAGCCAGCUUACUUAACAAGCAAUUUGAAAUCAUUUUUCUAACAUUAUGAUGCUCUGGUGUCAACUACAUUUUUGUUUGCUAAAUUCACCAUUUUGACUUGAAACUUGAUGAAUGUAUUGCUUUUAACUUGAUGUGUCAAAGGGGGGGUUUUGAAUUGUGUGCUUUCA